UCCUCCACUUCGAGGACUGACCGGCUCCGGUCUCCGGCUGCAGACUGCGCCGCGUCUUCAAGAUGAGCCUCCCGCGUUACUGUCCAAGGAAGUGAGAUUUCUGGGCAAUAAUUUAUUCCUCAGGUGGAUUAAAGGCAGCACAGCCGGAUUUGGAUCUGUCCCUGUAGCCCGACUGAAAGUGUAUCUGGUUUUCAUUACUUAGCAGUUCUGGACCGGUUAAAGCUCCCAGCUUGUUCGGACAACACUGGACACCGCGGGGACAUGGACAGGGCGGAUGUGAGCCAGCUGUCCGACGACGAGCUGCUGAUGCUGGCGAAGGAGGAUCUGAUCCGGAGGCUAAGGAGGCUGGAGAGCCGCAACAUGGACCUGAUGCUGGAGCACGAAAGCAUGAUGAAGGACGUGAACCUAAGCCUGCAGGUCCACCUCCGCGAGAUCCGGAGCCUGAAAGACAUCAACCAGAAACUUCAGGACGAUAACCAGGAGCUCAGAGAGCUGUGCUGCUUCCUGGACGACGACCGGCAGCGGGGGAAGAGGGUGUCCCGGGAGUGGCAGCGGUUCGGCCGCUACACGGCCGGCGUCCUGUGGAGAGACGUGGGGCUGUACCAGCAGAAGCUGCAGAACCUGGAGGCCGGUCAGGAGGCGCUGAGGACGGAGAACGUGGAGCUGAAGGAAAUCGUCCUGAUGCUGGAUGAGGAGAGGAGCGGAGCCGGCUCCCGGAGCUCCAUCGACAGCCAGUGCAGCCUGAGCAACCUGAGCUGCCCGGCGCCGGUUCGGGACGUCGGCGACGGCAGCAGCACAUCCAGCACCGGGAGCGCCGGUAGUCCCGACCACCACUUUCACAAGACACCCGAGGGAAAGACAGCAUCUCUGGGGAGGUCUAUGGACGACCUGUCCGCCCCUCACUUCCACAGAGGGACUGGACUCAGCGAUGCAUCUGCCAGCUACAUCCGACAGCUGGAGAACCAGGUGAGGAUGCUGGAGGAGGAAAACAAGCAGCUGCUGUCACAGAUGAAUGGAGAGGAAGUGAAGAAACUGAGCAAUGGUUUGCCUCUUUAUCACUCAGAAACUCAGCUCCCACAGUUCCCGGACAACAUGCACAACGGUGCUGCUCGGACCCCCAGCGGUGAACUCUCCCCCACAGGGCUCUACCUCCCCCCGGGGCAGAAACCAGAAGUUGUAGUGCACGCAAUGAAGGUGCUGGAGGUCCAUGAGAAGGUGGACAGGCAGAGCUUACAGGGAUAUGAUGAAGAUCUUAGUGAGAAAGAGAAGGCCAUCGUCAGAGAGAUGUGCAAUGUGGUUUGGAGAAAGCUGGGUGACGUUGCCAGCAGCAAGCCUUCUGUCCGACAGCAGCUCUCAGGCAACCAGUUUAAAGGGCCUUUAUAGAUGAAGCUGCCAGUGGUCCCAGCAAACAUACACAGCUGCUUUGGACUGGAGGCUUUUCAGGACAGCAUUGCUGUCUUGGCUGCACAGCCUCCUCAGCCUGGACUAAACUGAGUCCUGAUGGAUGUACAGCUCAGUCUACUGGGACACUGGGGGACUCUGGCAGUCACAGUUUGGUGCAGAUGGACACACGACAGCCAAUCUCAUACUCUCCAUUAGCAAUGCGUCCACACAGCCUCUACAGGAGCCUCUAUUUACGCUGAAGAAAAGAAAGGAGUACAUCUCAGAUCUCUUACUUGAUAUGUCCUCGCUCAUCACUUUUCUGCUGUGCUUUCCUGAAGGCCAUCACAAAGCUCUUAUUUCUGCUCCGAGGAGCCGUGAGCGAGGGGAGCAGCCUUCACGGACGUCUGGAUAUCAGUUAUUGAUUGGCUGCUGCAGGUGAUUCGACUGAUCUGAUCCAUUACAACAUCACUGGAGCAUCAUGCCAGGGUGAAGGCGGAUAAGAGACUGAACUUGAAGUGUAUCAGGCCCAAAUUUAACAUUUUGUUUUCUUACUUGUUGUUUUCAUGAUCAUUUUUAUUAAGGAUACAAUUAAAGUCAGAGAGCAGGAGAGUCUGCCGGUCAGCAAGAAACUCUUUUUACAAUAUUCAUCCUCAGUCCCAUGAAGUCACAUGUGAGUCUGAUGAGCAUCAGGUUUGAUACGAGCUACAUAAUUUUAAUUUCCCUGAAACAUUUGACCUAAUAAAUGAUUUCCACGAUCAUAUUCUGGGUUAUUAAAUAAUGAUUUUACAAUCAGAGCAUCAAUAGAUCCAGAUGCAAAUAAUGAAUAGAUAAUAUAAAGGCAUUCUGCUUCCUGAGCCUCAGAGCUGGACACAUCACACAGACUGCAGGUUGUUCUUCAUGUGCAGGUGUUUGUUAGACAGGAAACAGGCCCUGCUGCUCUGGCUCUGAUAACUGUCGUAUUAGCACAGUACACAUGUGUGCAGAGACAAAUUCAUUGAAAGUCUCUACAGCUGUAAAAGCCUGCUGACAGCUGUUCCAGCUGUGAUCAGAUGUUGCGAAAAACAAAAAUCGCUUCACAUGACGCUUCAGAGGACAGAACAUGUCAUUUCUCUGAAAGCAUAUUUCCAAGUUUCUUCUCUCCUCGCAUUGUUUCCUUGCUUCUCCUCAUGCACCCUUGGUGGAGGGACUAAGAUGCAAGGAAGGACAUAUAUUGAUCUAAAAUAACCCAACCUAUUGUAAAAAAUGGUGAGGAAAGCCCUUUGAUCAUUAUCACUGCAGUCAAGCUGGCCCUCCCUAUAUUGUUUUGCAGUACGUGUAUAUAUUAGGCAUUGUGGUUGGAGCAUACAAGCAAUGAUUACAAAAUAUAAGCAACCUUCUGGUGAACGUUAUUUCACACUCAGUCAUUUUGUCAAUAAGGAGUGAAUGAAUAUAUAGUUAUACAGAACUAAAUCAAGCAUAAGGGAAAAAUGAAUUAAAGUAAUGAGACAAAAUAUCCACUACCUGCAAAUGUAAUUCAGAGAAAAAUGUAGGUUCUGAAAACUGAGGCUUUGUCAUUUCAAUUGUGUGAAUAAUCAGCGAACUUAAUAAAGGAUGCAUUUCAAAAGACAUCUGAGCACCAAAAUAACAGAAGCACAGAGCAGUUUCACUCCAGUUUGAUAGUGUCAGACGAUAUCAGGGUGUUCUGGCGUUGAAUAUGUUCCCUCUAAAUUCAGACUGAUAUUAAAAGGAAACUUCCUGUAUCCACCAACCAGUUUCAUGUCACCCUGACAGAACGCUACCUCAGAAACUAUCAGCACCAAACAAGUGAUGAAAUGAGUUUGCGACAAUAUGGCUAAUUUUAGUUGUUAAAAAAAAACAUCUACAGUAACUGUGACUAUUUAUUCUAAUUUUGAUGAGUUAGUUUUCAAAAGAAAAUGUUUGUCACAUAUUAAUGUGCAGGAAACAACAACACAGUUUUAAGGUGCGGCUUCAGUCCCAGAUUAGCAGCGAUGCACAGUAUAACACUAGUGUAAGUGUCAUCUGCUGUUUACAUGUCCCCCUACGUCACUGCCUCAGAAGGGGUUUUGGGGUUUUACAUGGUUCACUAUGCAGUUAUUCAGUGCAGGAUUUGUUUACAUUUGCAGAUCAUUUAAGUACUUAACAAAACACAUUUACUACACAUGUAGUGAUUGUAAUCAUGAAUCCACAUGAAAUCGUUUUCAGGCCUUUAUGUCAGUUAAUAAUAUUGCGAGCCUUGCCUUUAACAACACUUCUCACAUAGUGUCAAACACUGUCCAGAAACCCAAAUUUCCCUUGAGGACAGUUUUGUUUCUUAUAUUUUGAAAUAUGAUUUCCAUGUCCUGCUUCAUUGUUGUGACAAGCUUCACAUGUUGAUGUCUCCCAGAUCAUUGCUGCUGCUGCAGUGAAUGAUCAACACACUCUGCUGCUCUUCCUCAGAAGGACUGUGCACAAGUGCAGAAGACCACGCUGACCCAGGGUGGCCCACCAAACCAGUGGACUCUCACAAACCAGGCUUGUUCCCAAAUCCCACAAGUGGAUAAAAAAUCCCUGGAUAAAAAAUGACAAUGUAAUACUUCCAGCAUGACUACAGCUGUACAAUUUCAGUGUGGUUUGGUCUCGUUUUUACAUCGUCAGGUGGAUUUCAAAUGGCAAAUAACCAUAAAUACAUGAAGUAAGCUGACAUGAUUAACUUGGAAUAGCGUCUAUUUCCAGUUGCAGUUCAAUUAUUAAAAUACAUAAAUAAAUCAUGCCUAUAUGGAGUGUGUCAGUGAUGCCUGUUUUUUGUGACCACCACCUGCCUUUGGACGGGCAUAAU